CGAAUCAUGUAGUCUUGAAUGCGAUUUAAGAACGUCUUCACCCACAGUGUGCAAGAAACCUAGAUUGGUGGACACUCGGUACACAAGUGAGUGGAUCAUAGCCAUUAUAUUAGAGUACAUUAAACACACAAUUAUACAGUUCAUGUGUGGGAUAAUAAUAUUUUGUGCAAUGUGCGGUAAUUAUUUUAUCGCGCACAAAAAUGUUUUAACUUAUUUAACUUGCCUUCUUGGCGUUUCAAUCAAACAUGGCAUAAGCACUUUAUUUAAAUAUAAGCUUGAGUAUAAGGUAGCACAAUGACAUUUUUAGACAUAUGAACUGUACAACCUAUAUACUGUGGUACAUGUCAUUACGUAUGCUUUAAAAUUAAAAAAUAUAUAAAUCAUAAAUGCAUGUCUUGGGUAAUUUAAUACUUUCCCAGAAACUAUGCAGUGUGAUUCAUGAAUGUACCCAAAGUCAUUGUUUUUAAACAGAGCCACAGAGGUAAGAUUUUGAUUGGCUGACCAAAAUUUCGCUCAGCUUAGUGCGAUAAAAUCCCCAAUGUCACAUUAUCGGACUUUGGGGUAUACAGUAUAUUCUGUAUUUUACAGGUAAAGAGAUUUCCAGUCUGUCAGCGGACAUUUGUGGUUCUGAUAAAUCACAGAAUGGUAAAAUCUGUGAUACAUCUACAAGUAUUUAUAGUAAUGAUGCUGACAUUCCUGUGUUAGAAAGAGAAAAGAAACAAAGAUACACUGUACCAGAAGCAGUGAAAAUCUUGCUGGACGACCAACCCAAAAUGAGCUCGAAGGUUCCACUUCGUGUGAGGAGAAAUAUCUCUUUUGGUAUUGACACAUCUGAGUUAAAUUGCUGGCAGGAUGUGAAAAGUGAUAUGAAUGGCGUGUAUUACAACACACUUCGGAUAGCAACAUGGACAAUAGAUGUCAAUGAAAAUAACAAUGUAAAAAAAAUUGAAAAGAAAAAAGUUUCUUUACUGUGUGAACGACAAUUUCAUGUGUACAUUCAUUCAACCAAAAAUGCGGCUGGGUUGUGUCGGUCAGUAUUUCUUUUAAGAGGAUGUGAUGGUGAGAUAGUUAAUCUAAAUGCUUGCUCCAGUAUAAUUUGUUGGAUAAGACUUCCGACGAAGUUGUGUUUACCGUGGGCCCACAUGGCAACUCAAAGAAGUCCGCAGUACCCUUUUUAUCUGACUAAGAGAAGUGCCAUGAUGCUGUGAAAAGUGCUGGUGGAAUAGUGAGGGCAUGUGAGCCUGGAGAAUUGCCAAGAUCCAAAAGGCAGGUAUAUGAUCUUAAUCGUAAUAUGAAGAAAACUGACCAAGUUGAUGAACUGUUACAAUAUUCGAAACACAGAGAGGAGGCGAUUGUCAUAGAGCAUCAUGAUGUUCCAGAAGAUUUAUGGGUACUAGGAAGUCUCAUAUGACAAAUUAGUGAAUCACCCAUUCAGCGUCGACCCAACUUUUAACUUUGGCCAGUACGAGGUCACCCCUUUCACCUAUAAACAUCUUUUUCUCAAAUCAAAGAGAACUGGGUUAGCCCCCACUUUCGUUGGACCAACUGCAAUCCACCAUAGCAAACAGAAAUCUGUGUACAAGAAGAUUGUUUCAGCUGUUGUAAAUACUUCACCAAACCUGCCCAAAAAUGCAAAAGGCUUUAUUACAGAUGGCGAGCAAGCACUUCAUGAUUCCCUUAAGGAGGAUCUGAAACAUGCAACUGGGCUUAGGUGUUUUAGGCAUUUUUAUCAAAACUGUAAGGACAAACUUUACAGCCUGAAGAUUCAAACGAAGAAGGAACAGAAGUUUUUUCUGGAUAAGGUGUUUGGCGAUUCAGGUUCUGGAAUUCUUGAUGCUGUUGAUAAGUCCGACUUAAAACAUAGGUUAUCAGCCAUGGAAGAACCAUUGAAAAAAGAAGAGAAGUUGACAGGUACAGAUACCUCACAAUUUUAGCUUUACCUUCAUGGUCAUAGAAGCAUGAUGAAAAAAUGCAUGAUAGCAGACACGAGAAACAAGGCUGGGAUGCCUUGUGACAGUUCUGGAGUACCGCUACGGUGUUACACAAAUCAAUCAGAAAGUGUUAACAAUAAAUUAACUCGUCAAAAGGAGGCAAUAGUAAAAAAAAUGACAAGAACAAGGUAAACCUAACCAAACUACAGUUUACACGAGAUGUGUGGGAAGAAGUUGAUAAGCAUCAGCAGGAGGAGUUAGAAAUGGCAAUUUGUGGCUUAAGUCGGGAAUUCGAGCUAUCGGAUAUGGUACGUCACUUAGAGCGCCUGGCAGACGAAUGGUUUGAAAUGACCAGUUGACAAAGGAAAUGCUAUGUUUCAAAAUUUAACCAAAUGAGUGUUGAAGACGCUGUCGCUGAAAAAACAAUCGAAACAAAUAUGGAAACACCCUAUGAUGAGUUUCUGGAGUUUAAGGAAUUCUCUGUAGAUCUAGACAAUCCUUAGAGUCACUAAAUGUAUCAGUGGAAUUGAUCCAUAGAUAUCUUAUAUACACUAGAUAGUGCAUCUAAUUAUUCUGCAAUUCAAAAAUUGAAGCCGUGAUUGCAGUCUCAGGUCAUUCCCAUAAAAUGAGGAGAUUCGUAUGUUCUCUAUUUCAUGAACAGGUUUCUUAAACAUUAAGUUAACCCCUAUUCCAAAUACGUUUUUAAACAUUUCAAAUGAUGAAAGUUAUUGUUGUUUUUAAGCGUUUAUUAGCAAGUGGGAACGACCAACAUGGCUGCCAUCUAUUCAAAUGGGGGUAACCGCUGGACUUUUCUUGGCUUCAAUUUUACUAAAAGAGAUGCGCUAUCUAGUGUAUAUAAGAUAUCUAUGAAUUGAUCUCAACAAUUGUUAAGGAGGCAAAGAAGUUACUAAAUUGCAAGAAUUCAAUUCAGAAGAUGCCAUCACUUGAACCUAAUCAAAGAGUAAAGUACAUGGUUGCGGCAAAAACCUGUAAGAAUGGAUUGUACGAGUCUAUUCUCUACCGUGAUCACUGUUCGUGUACUUGUCAGUGCUUCAAACACAACAAAAUUUGUAAACACAGUCUUUGCGUAGCCGAAGUUUCUGGCAUUUUAUCUCAGCACUUGGAGUACCUGAGAAAAACAAAAGGCAGAUAAAAUCCAAGUUGAAGUGAACUUGUCGAACCGACGAAGCAAGCUCAAGGAAAGAAAGGGGGCUGUCACAAGAAUCCAUGGAGACCACCAAGGGGGCGGCUUGUCGACAAAAACAAGGUGCGAAGCGAGCGUCCAUGUCAUCCAUACAGUGAAAUUCAUCACAACAACAAACCAUUGAUUGUAUGUUUUUUAGAUGAUCAACCGAAGUCAGUUGAGUGCAGGCAAUGCAGGAUGGAGUUUCCGCGUAGACAAAAGAUUGUGCCAUACGAUAUAGUCCUGCCACAUGAAGAAAAAUGGAUGUAUCCAGACCCAACCAAACCAAACUGUAAACUUCCAUCUGCGAAGUACACUGUUAAAUUUUAUUGCGUUAAAUGUAGUUGUAUCAAGGAACGCUUUCCAUAUUAUAAUUCUUCGUUGAUACAGAUACCUAUUGAUGUAAAAGGACGUCUAUGCGAAUCGCAUCAAAAUCUACUAGCAGAAGAACUAUUUGUCGGAUAA